AUGGCUAAUAGAACUGAUCCCAGGGCCAAGUAAAUCCAUGGUACUAACCCUUAAUUCUUGAUAGACACUGUGAUGAGGAAAAAUAUCCACAAUGAUCCCUAUUACAAAGAGAAAUGCUUUGCCCUCACAGCUGAAACAUUAGUAGAUAGAGCUAUAGAGUUAAAGUACGUAGGCGGAACAUACGGAGGCAAUAGCAGACCUACCAAGUUCAUGUGUCUCAUUUUGAAAAUGCUCUAGAUUUAGCCAGAUACUGAUAUUGUGCUUGAGUUUAUUAAGAACACUGAUUAUAAGUACAUCAGAUUGCUUGGGGCUUUCUACUGGCGUCUCACAGCAAAGGGAUAAGAUGUGUUUAAAGUUCUUGAGCCAAUAUAUUCUGAUUACAGACGAGUAGCAUUCAGAAAGAAGGAUGGUUAAUUUGAAGCAAUGCACAUUGAUGAAUUCAUUGAUCAUUUAAUAAGAGAUGAAAUUUUUUGUGAUGUCAGCUUCCCAAGAAUUAAUAAACGCCACGUCUAUGAAGAAGAUAACUAACUAGAUCCUCGAGAGAGCGCCUUAAAUAUAGCAGAGCAGGAUGAGGAAUAGGAUGUAGAUGAGUAGAAAUCAGAGGAAGAUAAAAAGUAUAUUGAAUCAGAGGAUGAAAAGUAGCAAUAAGAAAAGGAAUAGAAAAGCAGAAGUGGAAGAGCUGAUAUUGAUGAUUGGAAUAAGGGUAAAGCAACAGAUUAAGUAAUUGAGAGAAGAGAUGGAAGAGAUCCUAAGUAAAGAAUUACCUCUAAAUACAGAUCUUCUUCUUCAUCUUCGCAAUCCCCCUCAUACUCUCGGUCUUACUCUUCAUCUUCAAGAGACAGAGAAAGGAAAGAUAAAAGGAGAUCAAGAUCUCAUAGUUCUUCUGACUCUAGAUCUCGUAGCAAAGAUAGAAAAAGAGAUCAUAAAAGAGACCAUAAGUCUUACAAAGAGGACUACAAAAGAGAUGAAAAAAGAAUUGGUAAAAAUAGAGAAGAUAGCAAAGAUAGACAUAGACGAAUUUGGGGCAUUGUUACACAGAUAAGGCAGCAAUCUGAACCAGAGAGAGCAAUGCUAGAGAUGACUAAGAGUCAUGGAUACCCAGUUUGGAAAAAGUUUAUAGACACUCCUGAUGGUUACAUAUUAUAAAUAUUCAGAAUCCCUGGACCACAAGGUGAAUCCUUGUCAUAAGCCAUGAUCAAUGCACAGACAAGAGAGCCAGUGCUAAUGCUUCAUGGAAUCAUGUCAUCAAGUGAGGGUUUCGUUAUUAAUGGCCCAAAAAUUGCUCCAGCAUAUUAAUUGGUUGAUACAGGUAGGUAUGAUGUGUGGCUUUUGAAUGUAAGAGGAAAUUCUUAUUCUAAAAAUCAUAACUUCUACGAAGCUAUAUCAGACUAUGAAUUCUGGGAUUUCAGCUUUGAGCAAAUGGGUGAUAUUGAUCUUCCAACAGCUAUCGACUACAUCUUAAGAGUCACAAAAAAAACUCAACUAAGUCUAGUAGGCUUUUCUCAGGGCACCACAAUUGGCCUUUAUUCUUUGAUUAAUUAAAAGGCCAGAUUACAGGGCAAGAUCAGGACUUUCCUGACUCUGGCACCAGUAAUAACAAUGAAAUAUUCUACUUAGGACUUUUUGAAGUAGAUGUCGUAUAACACUGCUGUGCCUUUCCUCUUAGAGUAAGGAGGUUAUCUAGAGGUGUUCUCUCAGUCUCAAUCUUCUUCAUUUUAAACAAUUGGCUCAUUAUGCACUGUCCUGCCUUCAAUUUGCACUUCAACUCUGGGUAUAUUUGCUGAUACUAGAAUGGAUUUGGUGAAUCCAGACAAAAUAAGUGUGUAUUUCUAGCGAUUUACUGCUGGCACCAGUUUAAACAAUCUUGUGCAUAUGGGAUAAAUUUUAACUUCAGGAAAAUUCUAGCGAUUUGAUUAUGGAAUGGUAGGAAAUUUUGGUAAAUACGGCUCAACAACGCCCCUUGAGUUGGAUAUUUCGACAAUUGACAUCCCUAUAGCUAUGUUUGUGGGUAAAUUUGAUACCCUAGCUACCCCUCAAGACAAUGCAGAGAAUAAGCUUAAGAUUAAAAAUCUGGUUCACUACAAGGAAUAUGAUUUAGAUCACUUGGCAUUUAUUCUAGCGGCAAAUAUGACAUACUUCUAAGAUGCAGUCAAUGUGCUUGACAAGCAAGCACCUGGUGGAGCAGACCCAGUUAUCAUGAUGGACGACAUCGUAGAGAUGUUGAAGCUUUUAGACUACGAGAAUAAGUUCUGCAGACAAAAGGGAUUCAAACCUUUAUCAAGGACUCAUUUCGCCAUUGCCAGCAGCAAUCCAAGUGAGCAAUUCAUUUACUUCGUCCAACUUGUCUCAUACCUUCUCUCAAUAAACAAUCACCAAGUCACCGGCUGGAAUAAGUACGAUGACCCAAUGACCGCCUCAUAAAACGUCAUCCUUGAAUUGAAAAAGCUAGGCAUUGAGUUAGAUAUGCCUCCUAAUAAGUUGAAGACAGGUUAUGGAGAUGGAGUAUGUGCAGUAUUGUUGAAGCUAUGCAGUGUCUCACUAUAGAAUAAAUUCAAAUUCAAGAAGUUUGUAAUCAAGGAUGAUGCUGCUGGACUUGAAGACGAUGGUGAUGACAUGGGAGAUGAUAUGGAUGGAGGAGCUGAUAUUGCUGAUUUGGCUAACAACCAAAACGACGAUGAUGAUAUUGAAGAAUUUGCAGACUUUGGUUAAGGAGGAGAUGCUUAGGAGGAGAACUUGCAAAAUUAAAUUAUCCAGUCAUCUAUCAGCAGAGAAGAGUGGAUGAUGGAGGUUGAGAGAGUUGCUCAUAAGCUGAAAAUCAGUAACAUCCCAAAUGACGGCAAGGAAUGGAGAAGUCAUUUGGACCAGACCAAGAAGUAUGCUGACCAGGUUAAGCAGAGUCUUCCAGACGUAAGAGUCAAGUUGGAGCGACUCUCAGAUGAAGUCAGCAAAGCACUAGAAAGAAUCUCAAAGAAAGAAGGUGUCCUAUCAAAGAGCUUCCAAGGAAUGACUGGCGACUAUAGGGCUCACUCUGAGCAUCUUAAAUAAAUUCAAAGCAGUUUCGCCACUGUCAGCAAAAAUGUUGCAGAUAUGGAGGCUGAACUUAGUGAAGUCAAUGACAGGCUUUCCUAGGUAGAGAAGAAAAUCGAGGAUACAGGAAAAUCAUUCAGCGAUAACAGUCCUCUCCAAAAAAUUAAAAAGUCAAUAGCCCAAGUCAAGCAGGACAUUAAAUCUAUCGAUAUAAGAAUUGGUGUUGUCUCAAACACUCUCUUGCAACUUAAACUCAAAGAGAGAACCAAGGCCCAAGAAGACUCCAAGGGAAUGUCUAAAAUGGUAUUGGAAAACGAAGAAUACGACAUCGAGCUCUGA